AUGACUACAAACAAUAAAAUAUGUCGGUUGUGUAUGAAAACUAAGGAUGAUUUGGAACAAAAUCCUGAUGAUGUAAAUUAUCAAAUUCAAUCUGAUUUGCAAUUGAAAAUAGAAAAUCUUGUUGGUGUUAAGAUCGAUAAUAAUGAUGGUUUAUUGCCUCAAAAAGUAUGUUUAAAAUGUACUGAAACAAUUAACACUUUUGGGGAGUUUGCCGAAAAAUGCCAAAAAUCCGAUGUUAUUUUGCGUAAAAUUUUUAAAAAAGAAGAGAGAUUUCGACACAGUUCUAACAUUUAUACAUUUAGAUGCCCAACAAAAAUUGCAGUAAAGUCUGAAAACAAUAAUAUUCUUAAAAUUGUUAAGAGGGACACGAGCAAUAUUGUUUUAAAGGUGGACAGCUAUAUGAAAUCUAUGGCUGAUGGCAAAUUAAGAAAAAUGAAAAAUAAAAAACCAAAGAAACAAGAAAUGAAUCCCAAAAUUAAAUGCAAUGUGAGGUCGUACAAUAAACGUAGAACAAGAUGUAAAGUUUGCCGCCACUUAAUUUUACAACAAAGAAUGAUGUCUCAUUUAUUGGCUCAUACAGAUGCUUAUAAGUGUAAUUUAUGUGGAGCAAGGCAUUCUUCAAAAAAUCUUUUAAAUAGGCACAAGAAAAUUAAGCAUAGGAAACAAACAAUAUUUGGUUGUUAUGUUUGUGGAUUGGAAACCCCUUCUCUGUUAGAUUUAAAUCGUCACCUUUCCAGACAUAAAUCUAAAUUGCGAAAAAAAAGAAGAAAAAACAAACGGCUCUGUGAAAUUUGCGAAAAACAAAACCUGGGAAAUAAAUUUCCUGUAAUAAACGUAAUAAGCACUGAAAAUACUUGUGAUGUUUGCCAAAAAACCUUUUCACAUCAAUCAAGCCUAAAUCGUCACAAAAAAUCUCACAAUAUUACCAUAAAAUGUGGAAGCUGCACAAAAAUGUUUCCAUCAUAUCUUGAGUUUGAAGGACACCAAUGUGAUACUCUUAAAUAA